CUAGAGAUGCACAGAAAAAGUAAACACACAGAUGAGGGUUGACAUUAUCAGGGGAGGGUCACAGUUUUUUUGGUGGGGUGAAUACAAGAAGCUAAAACCUGCCACAUUACAAGAGAAGUGGAGUAGAUUUACCUCUGCAGACUAAAAAUGCAGUCUGUGGUAAAACAAAACCUCCAUUCGGAGACCGAAGCAGACAUCAACAAGCUCAUCAACCUCAAGCUGAAUGCAUCCUACACCUACCUUUCCCUGGGGAUGUAUUUUGACAGGGAUGAUGUUGCCCUGCCAAAAUUCUCCAGUUUUUUCCUGGAGCGCUCAGUGAAAGAGAGGGAGCAGGCUGAGAAGCUGCUGGAGUAUCAAAACAUGAGAGGAGGACGGAUUCUGCUUCAGAACAUUGUUAAACCAAGUAGAGAGGACUGGAGAGGUGGACUGGAUGCCAUGACCUUUUCUCUGGACUAUCAAAAGUCCCUGAACACUUUUAUCCUUGAAGUGCACCGCAGAGCUGGCAACCACACUGACCCCCAUAUUUGUGACUUCCUUGAGCAACACUUCCUCAUCGAUAGCCAUGAAACCAUCAAGAAGCUGGGCGAUUACAUCGGCAGUCUCACCCGUCUCACUUCCUCUGAGACCCACGGUCCUAUGGGAGAAUACCUCUUUGAUAAACACACUCUGUAGAAAGGUCACAGCAGCACAGUGACAUAUGCUCCAUAUUUCAGAAGCUAUAUAGAGUCAAGAAGGCGACAAAUCUGUGCAUUUUACUCCGUUAAGACAAAGUUUACCACGAACUUCUCCCUUGUAGCAGAAGCGCAAGUAACGUUCUCAGCAAGAUAACAGAAAAUACCUCAAUUUCUAUUGAAACCAUGUAAAAAUAAGUCUCACUGAAAUGGUGCUGAAGCUACCAUUUAUCUAAGCUGUUCACUUGGGUCAUUUGUUCAUUUGAAAAUAUUGUCUCUGGUGUCAUACAUUCCAGCCCGUCUGAGAUUUUAACCUUCACAAACAUUUAUAGAAGACAUUAAUUUUGAGUCAAAAUUGUAAAAAAAAAAAAAAAGGGAUCAUUUAAAAUUUAAUAAACCAGAUCAUGUUGA